AUUGAAUACUCGCGGCCCUCGCAAAUGUCAAGAAACCAACCCCGACAUCCCUACGACUGAACAGCGAAACUAUGAACUUUUGAGUUACGCAUGUGUUCAGUGCCGGAAUUUUUGUUGGCAUUCCCUAGAAUAAGAACGUUUGAACCAGUGGAGGGCUUUUCUUGCGGCAAGAUACGUUUUUAAAGCAAUAUGUCGGACGAAGAAAGGCCGCCCGCCCCUCCUAUGCGUCACACUUCCACGAAAGAUUCUUCGAUGUCUCCGGCUUCGAAGCCUUUGCCAAGCGCUCCUGUUGACGAGAAGAAGAAGAAAGCAGCAGCUUUGAGAUUCUUCCAGACCAAGGGUACCGAGGAGAAGAAAUAUUCGAAGAAAAAGCCAGAAAUCUCCCUUCCAACUCAGUUUGAGCACACGAUUCAUGUGGGUUUCGAUCCAGUUACCUCCGAAUUCACGGGAAUGCCAGAAGCAUGGGCUCGACUGCUACACACGUCUAACAUCACUCAAGCAGAGCAAAAGAAAAACCCUCAGGCUGUUCUAGAUGUCCUGAAUUUUUAUGAGGGAAGCAAACAUGAUGCGCAAACAAAUGCAAAAUUUAUGACAGUGUCGAAACCAUAUGGUUUAACACAGACUCAACGGCCUGAGAUUGGUGAUAACACAUAUGCACCGCCACUUCCACCGCACGCCACUCCAACACAUACUUUGGCAGCAGAGAAUCACAGUGAACCUGAACCUGAUGUGCCACCAGCCAUUCCAUCAAGGCCAGAACACACAAAGUCUAAGUACAUACCAAAUGAAGUUUCCACAAAGCCAGCAGCCAAAGAAGAUGACAAAGGGACUUCAAAUGAACAACCAAAAGCACAAACAAGAGACCGGAAGAAGAAAAAGAUGUCUGAUGAGGAGAUUCAUGCUAGACUACGUACCAUAGUUAGUGUUGGGGAUCCUAAAAGGAAAUACACAAAGUUUGAAAAGAUUGGUCAGGGGGCAUCUGGCACAGUCUAUACAGCAAUUGAAGUAGCUACAGGUCAUGAGGUUGCCAUCAAACAGAUGAAUUUGUCACAACAACCAAAGAAGGAAUUAAUUAUCAAUGAAAUUCUGGUGAUGAGGGAGAACAAACAUCCCAACAUUGUCAACUAUGUGGAUAGUUACCUUGUAGGAGAAGAGUUAUGGGUUGUAAUGGAGUAUUUAGCCGGGGGCUCUUUAACAGAUGUUGUAACAGAGACUUGUAUGGAUGAAGGGCAGAUUGCUUCAGUAUCAAGAGAGUGUCUCCAGGCCCUUGAGUUUCUGCAUAGUAAUGGCGUCAUUCACAGAGAUAUCAAGAGCGAUAACAUUCUUUUAGGGAUGGAUGGGCAAGUCAAGCUUACCGAUUUUGGUUUCUGUGCGCAAAUAACUCCAGAGCAGUCUAAACGUUCCACCAUGGUAGGAACACCAUACUGGAUGGCUCCUGAAGUAGUGACAAGGAAACAGUAUGGUCCAAAAGUGGACAUCUGGAGUUUAGGAAUUAUGGCAAUUGAAAUGGUUGAAGGCGAACCUCCAUAUUUGAAUGAAAAUCCUCUCAGAGCCUUGUACUUGAUAGCAACAAAUGGCACUCCUGAACUAGCGCACCCAGAAAAAUUAUCUCCAGUAUUUAAAGAUUUCCUCGCGCAGUCACUGGAAAUGGACGUAGAUAAGAGAACUGGAGCUAGAGAAUUGUUGCAGCAUCCAUUUUUAAAGCAAGCCAAGCCGUUGGCAAGUUUGGUCCCGCUCAUUCUGGCAGCAAAAGAAGCCAGUUCAAGAAACUCCUAACUCAGCUGUCAAUCACUCCCUUAUUUGGUUGAGCCAAUAAAUGGACAGAAAUUCUUUAGAGUUUAUUUUUUACACAAAUGUUAUUUUUAUUGGUUAAUUUGACAGAGGCUUUUAAAAGUUUUCGGUUUUUUGCCUUUUGAGCAUGUACAGUAAUGAAAUAAUUGCAUUUUAGUUCUUUUUUUUAUAAUCUAUUCUGUAAAUUUUAUUCAGCAACAUUUUAGCCAUUGUGAGGAUCAACCUGAAAUAGUUGAGUUUUCAUGAAGUCCUCGUUGUCUAUAUGGAAAUCUUCAAGAUAUUCAUUAAUAUUAUCAGAUAAUUUAAAUUUUUAAGGAACAGGAAUGCAAUUACAGAGUUCCUAUUUCCUGUAGCAAAUCUCAAUACAGGUGUACGAGCGAAAAGUCGCUAGCAAAUACCUGAACUAUACCAAUAAAGCCGGUGUUAAAAACGA